CACUCACCUCUUUAGAAAAAACAUUUCGUAAAAAAAAUAAAAAUUUCGACGUUUACACAUUAUUGCUCGUUGGUCACUUUCAUCUCUCUCUCUCUUCUUAUCCCUUCCCUUUUCCAUUGAUUCAGCUCAAAACAAAAAACCCAAAAAGAGAGUCUCAUCGUUUUCUCUGGAUCUGAGCGAAAGAUCGUUCCUUUCAUCCUUUGUAAGAGAUACUAAAGCAGAUUGAAUACAAAACAGCAUGUGUAUUGCCUUAUACCGUAAAGUUUUGAGCUUGAAUCUAUAUUGCCGUGUGAUUCUGUAAAUUGUUUCACCUUUCAACCAAACCCUUCAAGAGUCAAGUCCUCUCUUCUUUCUUUAUUCAUCUUCCCUUUUGUUUUCCUAUAAACGCUUUUGAAAAUGGGAUCCCAACAUUUCUACGUGUACCAUUGUGAACAAAGAAUCAGCUAGACAAAAAACGCUCACUUCACUUCCACAACAAAAAAGUUUCCUCCUUUGGUUUGGUGUUCUGUCUACUUUUUUUUUUCAUUCAAGAUUUCCUCAGAGUUAUGGUUUGUCAAUCACCUGGUAAGACAAGAUUUCGAGGAUUGAAGUACGAGACAGGAAACGCUAACAAAUCAACUAUUGUAGUGAGAGUUAUUGAAUGCUAUCAACCGAUGGAUAAUUGUCAGGCUGAAUACUUCAGACUUCUACUUAAACCAGUCACGUAGUUGGUUCGUGAUCCUUCGCCAUAUUUUCAAUCUGAGUUUUUUUUGUUCGUUCGUCUUUCUUUUACUAUCUUUUCGAUAAGGGCACAAGAAGUACUGCAUUCACCCAACUGAGCAACUUAACAGUCGUGUAGUACUUUUUACAAGUUCCCUUGAGUUAAUCUGCAAGAGCAUGCCUCUAGAUACAAGGCAACGGGAUUUGCCUCUAGGCUUAACUCAAACUUGCUUUGAGGAUAUAGGAGUUCGGUCUGUCCAUCCUAGAAUUCCUCUCCCUGAGCUAGGGAAACUAUAUGCAGCUGAGCUUCAGGCUCGCUGUUUCCAGCCACCGCCAUUCCAGUCUUUACUGUACAGUCAUGAUAAGGAGUCUUUUGGAAAACGAUUCUCACGGUCUGACAUGCGGUCUUGGUGUGCUGCUGCUGCUGCUACUGCUACUACUACUCCACAUGGAGCAUUAGAGUCUUCUCAGAAAAGACUUAUGAUAUUCGAUCAGUCAGGAAAUCAGACUCGUCUAUUACGCUGUCCAUUUCCUCUACGGUUUCCAUCUCACGGGGCUGCAGAACCAGUCAAACUCUCUGAGUUACACGGUCUAGAGAAAGCUUUCAGGGAAGAUAAUGAAGAGUUUGAUGAGAACCAUUCAAAUGGAAAAGAGUCAGAAAUGCAUGAAGACACUGAGGAGAUCAAUGCGUUGCUAUAUUCAGAUGAUGAUUAUGAUGAUGAUUGUGAGAGUGAGAGUGAUGAUGAAGUAAUGAGCACUGGUCACUCUCCUUAUCUUUGCAACAAAAGGGAAUUAGAUGAAAUCGAUGGUCCUUGUAAAAGGCAGAAACUACUGGAUAAGGAUAACAAAAUCAGUGAGUCAUCAUCACUUGUGGGCACUAAGAGUUCCACAAAACUCAAUGGGUCGUCCUUUCUCAAGGACAAAAAUCUCCCUGAAUCAAAAAACAUCUCGACCAAGGAAGACAGUGGUUCUGGUCUGAGCAGCGAGCAGUCGAAGAAAGACAAGAUCCGUACAGCUCUGAAAAUACUCGAGAGCAUAGUCCCCGGUGCAAAAGGAAACGAAGCUCUCUUACUUCUGGACGAAGCAAUUGAUUACCUAAAGUUGCUGAAACGAGACUUAAUCUCCACAGAGGUUAAGAACCAAAGCUCCCACCACUCACAAGCCACCAAUCUUGUUGGUUAAAAAGACAACAUGGGGAACAAGAAAUCUGCAGACAGAUAAGGCUUGAAGAUUCUCACGAGUUAAAACGUGUGAAGUGGUUUUUGGGUACGUAUCCUCUGCACCAGCUUUUCUAGCUGUAUAUAGUGGACUACUUUAAGUAUAUAUGCUUGUGCAAUUUCAAAAAGUUAAAGAAGAAAAGAUGUCACUUUCUUCUUCUCUCUCUCUCUCUGUGGAAAGAAAAGCCAAAGUCGUCAUGGUCAUUGAUCGACAAUGAUUAUCUUUUUUGGCUGAGUGUGGAUGGUGAAAUCAAAAGGUAAUAUUCAAAGUCUCAUCUCUCAAACUCGCGUGGUCUAUGAAUCUCCCCCUCCCCCCUAAGGUAAUAAAAAUUACUCUGACCCACACUCUCUUUUGUCCAUAUGAUGACUAAAUGGGUCCAUGUUUUUAUGAAUAUGUCAUGUUCAUGUCAUUGGAUUUUAAUGUCUGUAAUAAUGCAAACUAUUCCUUUGUCUUUUUGCUUCAACCCACAUGUUACUGUGUGUGUUUUGUUGUAUUCUCAAAUGAUUUUGUGUAAUAAACCUGUGAGUUUCAUAA